AAUACAUCUCCAUAGUUUUCUCCUUCAGCUGAACUAUACUUCACCUGCAAAAAAAAAAAACUUCAUUUCUCCAUCAAAAUCAAUUUUUUAGUGAAGGUGAGUCUUGGAGCAAGUUAAAGUUGUCUGUUCAGGGGUUCGAGCUGUGGAAUCUGACAUUGAUGCUUCGUGCACCGAGCUAACCAUUUUUAAUUAUAAAGUAGUGAAGGUGAGUGUUGGAGCAAGUUAAAGUUGUCUGGACAUGGGUUCGAGCUGUGGAAUCUGACACUGAAGCUUCGUGUACCGAGCUGACCUUUUCUUAUUAUAAAGUAGUGAAGGUGAGUCUUUAAGCAAGUUAAAGUUGUUUGUUCAUGGGUUCGAGCUGUGGAAUGUGACACUGAUGUAUGCAGGUGGACUACUCUCUUGGAUGUACUUUUAAUGCUUUUGAAGUCCCUGAUUCUUCAAAUUAAGGAGAUUCUUCGUAGUUUAGCUGCUCGGAUUUUCCUCGGAGAACAAAGAGGACACGAUAAUAGGAACUUUUCGGAAACUUAGUUCUUGUACCAUGCCCAUAUUUUCCAAUAUAAAAGAAACAGAACUAAGCGGCACGAAAGAAGUUUUCUUGUCUGCCAUCCGCCAUGCCACUUCAGUUGGUGAUUCUUUCCCUCAAUUCGAGGAUGAUCUAAGAAAUUCAGCCCAAGAACAGGUUGACUUCAUGCUUGAGGAUGACGAAAAUAUUCCCCUCGUCAUAGCUGACGAUGAAAUAAAAGUGGAGACGAGAAUUGUGGUAUCUAACGUCUUUUGUUCUUUCGAAAAUGAAUUCUCCUUGAUUUUGGAGCCUGACGUUGCAAACAAGGAGACGGAAGAGAAAAUAAUGCGGAGUCUAUCCGACCUUGAAUGGAUGCAUAACACUCUUUCGAAGAUGGAUCUCAUGAAGGACUUUGUCUCGCAUUGGGCGAAUAUAUCACGCAAUUUACUUAAGGUCAUCGAAGAUAAAAGACUUGAUUCUGUCAUGUGGGGUUUGAAGAUAAAGUUAAUAGAAGUGACGUCGAAAGUAUUGGAAGCAGUAGGUUAUGGAACUGUAGUUCUUCCAGCAGAAAGUCGAGUAGAAUUGCUAAAGACAUGGCUUCCUUACAUAAGAAAAAUGAAGUCCCUUUCCGAUAAAAUGAGCAAAAUGGAGGAAGCAUCUCCGUACAAGAUGAGCGAAGACCUUUGCCAAUGUAUCGAGGGAGCAAUAGUUUCAUUGGUUUCAGCAUUACCGUCAAAUGAUCAAGCUGACAUUCUAGCAGAUUGGAUAAGUGCCGAGCAGGUUAAAUAUCCAGACCUUAGUGAGGCUUUUGAGAUAUGGUGUUACAGAACCAAGUCUGCACAAAGAAGAUUAGACGAGGCUUUGACAGAAUCAGCAAUGCCAUUGUCACCCUCUACGUGAUCUCUGACGAAAUAUUGCCUCAUAAACUCCUUUGGCUAUUGCUGGUUUUUGUAGCACCGUGCCCGACAUAUUUCCUGGUCUGCUCGUUCUGGAGUUGCACAUUUCGGUGUAUCAGGACUAAAGGUGUUAACAACAUCAUCGUCAACUACCACUUCAAGCUUAUAAAUCUUCAAUUCAGCUCUUGGACUCAGCGUCAGCGUCUUGUUAAAUUUCAAGCCUUCGUAUCUGUGUUUUUCUUCAUCGUCAGCUGAAGCGCAAUUGAACGAUAUUCUGGAAACUGGCAUCAGCGUGCCUUUAUGAAGGAUUAUCGAUAUCACUUCGCGGAACAAGCAUCAAGCAAGCUGGCUUGGUUCAUGGCUAUUGAGAAAUCACAACAUCAUGGAGGUUAUUUUUCUGUGAUGUAUGUACUUUUGUAGGAUAGUUUUUAUGUGAUGUAUGUAACAUUGUAUGUUGCUAUUUCCUUUUAUUUUGUAUAGCUACUGGAAAGCACUACUAAAACUAUGUAACUAUGCAAUAUGUGCUGAAUUCAAUCUUGUAAAAAGCAUUAUUCAAAGUGCAGGUCUCAC